AUGUCAUAUGACCGAUAUGUUGCUAUAUGUGACCCUUUACACUAUCACACUAUUUUAAACCGGAAACUCUGUCUUGUAUUGGCAUCAGGCACUUGGAUAACAGGAAGCUUAAACUCAUUUGUGAUUACAAUCCCAGCAUCACACAUGUCCUUCUGUCAGUCUCGCACCAUACACCAGUUUUACUGUGAUGCUAAAGCUCUGAUUAACAUCUCCUGUGCUGGUGGAGAAGACUUUUAUAUUGUAAUCUAUAUGGAAGCAUUGGUAUAUGGAACCUUUCCUGUCAUGUUCUGCUUGACAUCAUACAUACAAAUUAUCAGGGUUAUCUUGCAGAUAAAAUCUAAAGAUGGAAGAAAGAAAGCCUUCUCCACCUGCUCAUCCCACCUCACUGUUGUCAUUAUGUUCUAUAUGACAACUUUGUCUGUGUACCUUGUGCCACCAUCAGAGUACUCCAGUGUCCUAGAACCAGUGUUUAGUCUUCUGUACUCCAUUGUCACUCCCACGAUAAACCCUCUGAUCUAUAGUCUACGGAAUAAAGAUAUGAAAAGUGCUCUGCUGAAACUCCUGGUGGGGGAAACCAAGUCAUGA